GCCAUUUCAUGUUAAGGGGGGGGGGGGGGCGUAAUUCCCGCGAAAGAAUUGGGUCAACUGAGCGGAGGUGCCAAGCUCCGGUCGUUUCUUCAUUGAAAACGUCUCUUACCUCUUCCCCAUCGUCCAACGGCUCGGUUAUUGAUCUCCGAUGCGUGUUAUUCGGUUGGUGCGAAUGAGCUUUUCCAGCGCGGGCCCGGGCUGAAGCGUCACAUCAGUUGUCGGUAUAUUCCUGCUAACAGCUAGUCGGCUAGCUGAGUGUAAACAACAAGGAUGAAGCGGAUGAAAGGAGGAGAGGAGGACAGCAACAGCUCCCCCAGUAACAGCCCAUCAGAGGCGUGCAAGAAGGUGCGGAAGCAGACGGGCGAGGAGUCAGAGGCAGUGGUGGCCAGUGGGUCACUAGACAGUGACUGGGCACGACUGCCUCAGGAACUCCUGCUGCACAUCUUCCAGUACCUUCCACUGCUGGAUCGGGCUUAUGCCUCUCAGGUGUGCCGCCGGUGGAACCAGGCUUUCCACAUGCCCGAGCUGUGGAGAUGCUUUGAAUUUGAGCUUAACCAGCCAGCCAGCUCUUACCUGAAAGCCACACAUCCAGACCUCAUCAAACAGAUCAUAAAGAGGCACUCCAACCACCUGCAGUAUGUCAGCUUCAAGGUGGACAGUAGUACGGAGUCGGCAGAGGCAGCAUGUGACAUUCUUUCACAGUUGGUGAAUUGCUCACUGAAGACCUUGGGGCUCAUCUCUACAGCCAGGCCCAGUUUCAUGGAGGUUCCAAAGUCUCAUUUCAUCUCAGCUCUGACUGUGGUGUUUGUCAACUCCAAAUCAUUGUCUUCGCUGAAGAUUGACGACACGCCAGUGGAUGAUCCUUCUCUGAAGGUGCUGGUGGCCAACAACAGUGACACCCUGAAACUGCUGAAGAUGAGCAGCUGCCCACACGUCUCCCCAGCAGGGAUCCUGUGUGUGGCAGACCAGUGUCACGGGCUGAGAGAGCUUGCACUUAACUACCACCUCUUGAGUGAUGAACUCCUGCUGGCCCUCUCCUCGGAGAAACACGUCCACCUGGAACACUUGAGGAUCGAUGUUGUGAGUGAGAACCCCGGCCAGCACUUCCACACCAUCAAGAAGAGCAGCUGGGACGCCAUGGUGCGACACUCACCCAAAUUCAACCUGGUGAUGUACUUCUUCCUCUAUGAGGACGAGUUUGGCCCUUUCUUUAACGAGGAAAUCCCCGUCACUCACCUCUACUUUGGUCGCUCAGUCAGUAAGGAGGUCUUGGGCCGUGUUGGCCUCCACUGCCCUCGUCUUGUGGAGCUUGUGGUGUGCGCCAACGGCCUGCGUCCUCUGGAUGAGGAGCUGAUCCGCAUCGCAAAGCACUGCACUCAGCUGUCAGCCAUUGGUUUGGGCGAGUGCGAGGUGUCCUGCAGCGCAUUUGUGGAGUUCGUCAAGAUGUGUGGCCGGAGGCUUUCACAGUUGUCUAUCAUGGAGGAGGUGCUGAUUCCAGAUCACAAAUACUCCCUGGAUGAGAUCCACUGGGAGGUUUCAAAGCACCUGGGCCGGGUCUGGUUCCCAGACAUGAUGCCGACCUGGUAAAGUGAAGCCAAAGAGGCACACAGAGUUCAUUCAGUACGUCAAGUUUGUGGUGUGGAACAUUCAUGGCCUCCAUGUUUGCAUUGAAAAGCCUUUAAAUGCUCCGCUGUAGUGGAUUGUUUGGUGCCAACAUGAAGAGCAUAAAGUUGCUGAACUCCUGUGUGGAGUGCAGGGUAGGGACGUCAUGUGGAACCUGACUGCUACACCAUGUUAUCACAUCAUGCGAACACCACAGAAAUCUCUGCCUGUUAGCUUCAAAAUGGACUGUGGAAUCCUGCUUUUCUAAUUCAGGAGACAGAACUGGCCACGCCGGCUUCUUCACAUAGUAAACAAUCAGCACACAGACCAGUGCAGGUGGAAAUAUUUGACUAAACAAUGUUUUUAUAACUGCAAAUUGAGUUAUAUGGACAUUGUCGCCUGUUAUGAUAAUCUAUGUUAUGACAGGUGUGUGUGUGCGCGCAUGGGCGGGUGCAUGCACGUACGUAUGCAAAUGAGUGUGUGUGUGUGUGUGUGUGUGUGUGUGUGUGUGUGUGUGUGUGUGUGUGUGUGUGUGUGUGUGUGUGUGUGUGUGUGUGUGUGUGUGUGUGUGUGUGUGUGUGUGUUUUGAAUGUUUUGAGUAAUUUGGGAUGAUAGGUGCACAAUUGCAUGUUGUUACACUACCACUUGGCCUCCUUAAAUCCUGUCUGAGAUAGUAGCUCUGUCCUCUGUAACAAAAUAUGGCAUUGUAGGUUUCCAAAUAGCUGCAAUGUUAUUUGUAUAUAGUAUGUGACAGAAGGCGGGGAGGGGUUGGGUCCUGCAUCUAAUUUUAAACUAAUUUAAACAUAAAGAGCAGCAGUAGUGUUGACGACAUAUUGCUUUUCCUCCUCGCCCGAGCUCAGUCGUGCAUCAAAGAAAGAAAUCAUGAUUGUUUAAAUUGUUGAGGUUGGCCAGGAGAGAAACAGAAAUGUGUAUAUAGGUCUCUAUCUUUGUGAUGUGAAGGUGUACAGUGUUAAUGUCAGAGUUUUAUUUUCCUGCAUCACACAAUCAAUUGGCUUGAUAAAUUAAUUUCUCCAUUUCGUAUAAAGAAGGUUUCUGUACAGUCAUAGAUUUCGUAAGCACCUUAGAUGAAUACCAAAUGCUAGUCACGACACACAAAGUCCCUCUGCCCUAAUGAACAAAAGGAAAUAAACUCCAAUUUUUGUUAGUUGGACCCAGAUUCUAAUAGUGAUUUACACUGUACUGGGGCUCUGUUGAAUCAGAUACCAAAGACAGUAUAUUAAAGAAAUAAAGCCAAUAAAAAAAAAAAACAGUAAUAAUUCUAUGUAAAUAUAUAUAUAUAUAUAUAUAUAUAUAUAUAUAUUUGGAGGUAGAUAUUGGUGAGUCUCCAACAUUCGUGAUCAGAUUGCUUCGUAAUAAUUCUGUAGACUAGUCCCUGCGGCUAUAAGCUUACAAUGCAUGCUGGGAAUGCAGAACUAACCCUUUGUGUCUCUCAGGUGCAUUAAAUCUUAUUCCCCAAAAUAGGUUUCAUUUGUAUCUUCUGCUAUUUGCCUGUUCAAGCUCUAAACCCAUUGUGAAUAUCUGCCCUCCUAUUAGCCCACGUUUGCUCUGUAUCGUGCCGCCACACCGCAGAUACAGGAGAGGAAGCAAUAUUCAUCUUGUCAUUACAAACAAGGUCUUUGCAGAUCCAGAACACCAAAAAAGUCGAUAAGAGAUUUGACAAGUCAGAUGAGUGAAACAAACUUUUUUCCUUUAAGAAGGAAGUCAAAUGCAUCUGUAUAUAAAACGCUGUGUGUUUGAUUAUUAUGAAUAGAAAUGUAAUUAUUUCUUUAUUUCGCCCUCUGUCGGGGUUUGAAGUUUCCUUAACCAACAGCUCGUGUCUUUUAUAAAACCAGAGUGCGAGUUAUCCUUUACUAGAUGGGUCUUUUUCAUACCGUAGUCACUAGAAAAGAUAAGCUGUGUAAUUUAUUGAUAUGGAUACUGCUUUUGUAAUGAAUUUGUGUUUUUCAGUUAUACAAAAGAAGCAAUCAUUAUAACCAGCAAGCAGACCAGCAGCAAGAUAACGGUUUAUUUGGUUUUGACACUUCCACCUCUGUCACUAUGGUUUUGUUGCACGCUGGUUGUCCAGAGGUUUUGAGUAGUUUGAAUCCAAAACUAAACAAGGCAACACCUAAAGUUACAUUGCAGUUGGUGAAUCAACCACUGUUCUGCAGACGAAUGCCAUCCUUUUUUUUGUCUUAAACUGUGUGAAAGAUGAUCCGUUUUCCCCUAGUUUUACUACACCUGCUUGAAUUUAAGGAAAGGAAAGUUUCGUUGAUUCAGAUGGCUUUAUGACAUUUUUUUUUUUUUUAAAAGGAUCAUGUAAAAGUUAAUUUAACAUCAAGACGGUUCACUGGAAUCAAAUAUUCAAUUAAAUUUUAUUUGUAUAUGUAAAAAUGUACAGAUAUGGGUCAAAGGUCAACCAAAAUUCCAAUCAAACCUUUUGAGUUGUGGCAGUAUAUGCCAUUAAAAGCUACAUAGUCGUAUUUAAUAAAUCAGUCGACAAAAUGUGUCUUUUCAAUUAUUAUUAAAAACGUUUGGACAACACUGCGUGACAGUAAGAGCUGUAGUUUUAGAUUUCAGACUUUCACCUUUCAGAUUCCUUUUAUUCAUGUCGUCUUAGACAUUUCAUGUAGCCAAACGGUGAUGAAGACUAAAACUGACUUAUUGCAGGAAGUGCAACCGCUUAUUAUUAUCAUUAUUAUUAUUAUUAUUAUUAUUAUUAUUAUUAUUGUUGUUGGAUUGAGCUAACAUAGUCUAUUGAAUGGUCUCUUAUCACUGAGGUAGAUAUCUGUGCUGAUUGUCUGCUCAUGUACCUUAGCAUCUCAGUGGUACAGUAACAUAUCUCCUGAUCAUUUUUCAUCAUUUGUGCAGUGCAUUAAACGGUGGCAGUGACAGCAGCUCUAAAGUGAAGGUUGUGUCUCAAUACUCUACUGGUUUUAACCAUUUUCUUGUUGUCUUUAUUGGCUUUUAUUGGGAAAUUCAGCUGGAUGAGUUAAAACAUGUUUCACUUAAACACAGCUAUUUUAACCUAAUGUGUUUAGAGAGUCCUCCGGUGAGUUCUGUUUGGAGUAAACUGGUGUUGACAAUACUGUCCUUUAGUUUUGCUUCUGUAUGGCAAAUGCUUCGUCUACUUUGCUUUACUGGUCACCUGUCUUGAAAUUAAAAUGAUUGUUUUAGACAUGUGAUCUUAUACUGGUAAUAAACAUUUGUGAAUGUA